CCUAACUGUUCUGUUGCUGCGACACCUUAAAGGCGAGAGAAGUUGUUUGCCACCUCGUCAGUUCGCAAACGCCAUUCAAGCAAAAUGCGUCUAUUUGCAACGACGGUUUCAAUUCUCUUCCUUUUAGUCAAUGACUCAGUAGCAACGUCAGUACUUUCUGAACCGGCGCCAACCAACAAAAGUAACAUUCCCGACCCUGGUGGCGAAGACUGGGGUUAUUUAGAUGUGAGGCCCGGAGCUCAUAUGUUUUAUUGGCUUUACACCUCGACUGCCGCCAGCGACCCAACGACCCUUCCUAUUGUAAUCUGGCUGCAGGGUGGACCUGGCGCCGGUGGCUCAGGGCAUGGGAAUUUUAAGGGCAUGGGUCCUCUUGAUUUAGAAUUGAAGCCAAGAAAUACUUCAUGGGUUCACCACGUCAAUAUUCUCUAUUUGGACAACCCAGUUGGUGCCGGCUACUCAUACGUGGACGAUCUAAAAGAUUUGGCAAACAAUGCCACUGGAAUUGCUCUCGACUUGGUUUCAUUCAUGAAACUCUUCUAUGAAAAGUAUCCUGAUUUUAAAGAAACGCCGGUUUAUUGUUUCUCGCAGUCGUAUGGUGGAAAAAUGGCAGCUCACUUUGGACUUGAAAUGGCUAAUGCGAUGAAGGCAGGAGAAAUUGAAAGUAAUUUUAAAGGAGUUGCACUUGGGUCAGCCUGGAUAUCUCCAAUUGACUCGACUACAAGUUGGGCUCCGUAUCUACUGCAAGCCGGUUUAGUUGACACGAGCCGCUUCAAAAUGAUUGACAAAUACGCGGCAAAGUGCCGGACGCUCGUUGAAAAGGGAGAAUGGAAAAGAGCAACUAGGUGCUGGUCCAACACGGAAGUCUUGAUCACGAUUCUUACGCACAAAGUUGACUUUUACAAUAUCAUGUAUAAGACCUCGCCAACAUUGGGGAAAUCAGAUCUUCAAACUGAUGAUGAAGACGAAGAAGAUAAUGAGGUUCAAACACGGGCCUUUGAUUUUAAUUUCCGUUCUGAUGAUGAAAAUGGACUGUCAAUCAACGAUCUCAUGAAUGGGCCAGUUUUUGAUAAAUUGAGUGCCACUUUGCACCAUUUGAACCACUGGAGUGACCAGAGCGCUGACGUUUUUAAAGCUAACUGGGUGGACUUUAUGAAACCAGCAGUUGAUAUUGUUGAAAAGUUGCUGGAGGAGACGAAUCUGACGGUGGCUGUUGAUAAUGGUCAACUUGACUUGAUUUGCAACACUCCUGCUCAAUUGAUUUGGGCUGAGAAUAUGAAAUGGUCGAAUGUGUCAGACUGGAUUCGAGCGCCCCGCAACGCAUUCACUGUAAAUGGAUUUACUGAAGGUUUUGUUAAACGUUACGGUCGCUUCAGUUUCUGGUGGGUCAACCGAGCAGGACACUCGAUUCCAUAUGACAACCCAUUGGGUUCGAUUGUUAUGAUGCGUGACAUUGUUGGCCUUCCACGAGAGGAAAACGCUGGAAUCACUGAAGAGUACUUGGCCGAGUCAAAGAAAAUUUUGGAUAAAAUUUUCUGAAUUAAAAAAUAGAAGCAUUAAUUUUUAUUUAAAUAACUAUUUAUGAUGUGCAAUUUUAUCGUUAACUAUGUUGUACACGACAGUGUUUAAUAAAUAACUGUUGAUGAUUAUAUGGUGGUCCAAGUGAGUGAAAAUUU